AUGGAGGAAGGGGUUAAUAAUAGUCCAAAUGGACGUCCCCCUUCUCCCGGCUUUAAUCAAGCUUAUUUGGAAAAUAAUCAACCGGUUGGUGGGGCGGGGAAUAUUGCUUCUGUUGGGAUUGUGGGACAACAACCAUCAGCAGCUAGAGCAGAUUUGUGGCAACAAACAUUACAGGUGAUUGCUGGGGCGGCCGUUGCAGCCACCACACAACCAGAAUCUCGAAGGAGAAUGCAAUCUAGAAAGCCUUUAAGGCAAACUCCUGUUGAACGCAAUGAACGUUCUCUAUUGUGUCUUACAGUGCAAAAUCCUUUAAGGAGAGCUUGCAUAUCUAUCACUGAAUGGAGACCUUUUGAAUGGCUAAUACUUAUGAUGAUUUGUGCCAAUUGCAUAGCCCUUGCCGUUUACCAGCCUUAUCCAAUGCAAGAUUCAGAUACAAAAAAUACAGUAUUGGAGAAUUUGGAAUAUUUAUUUAUUGUUGUUUUUACUGCUGAAUGUAUAAUUAAAGUUAUUGCACUUGGAUUUUUACUUCAUCCGGGAGCAUAUUUGAGGAAUGCUUGGAAUAUUCUUGACUUUAUUAUUGUUGUUAUUGGAAUAAUCAGCACAGUACUUUCUCGAAUCAACGUCCAAGCAUUUGACGUCAAAGCUCUUCGUGCCUUUCGUGUUCUCCGACCAUUAAGAUUAGUUUCUAACGUUCCAAGUCUACAAGUUGUGCUCAACGCUAUCUUACGUGCAAUGAUACCUUUAUUACACAUUGCAAUGCUUGUAUUAUUUGUUAUUUUAAUUUAUGCAAUUAUUGGGUUGGAAUUGUUUUGUGGAAAAUUACAUUCGACUUGUGUGGAUACUUCUAAUGGGGAAUUUGCACAAAAAGAUCCUUCGACUUGUGGACUAGCCCCAAGUGCAUAUCAUUGUGAACCGUCCUCAUUUUCCUCAGCUAUACAUGCACGGAAUAAUAAAUGGAUAUGUUCACCUAACACAACAUGGCUGGGUCCAAAUAAUGGAAUAACUAAUUUUGAUAAUAUUGGUUUGGCUAUGUUAACGGUAUUUCAGUGUGUGUCUUUGGAAGGGUGGACUGAUGUUAUGUAUUGGGUAAAUGACGCAGUUGGACGUGAAUGGCCAUGGAUAUACUUUGUGACAUUAGUCAUUCUCGGCUCCUUUUUCGUUCUAAACCUCGUUUUGGGUGUUCUCUCUGGAGAAUUUUCAAAAGAAAGGGAAAAAGCGAAUGCUAGAGGAUUAUUCCAAAAAUUCAGAGAAAAACAACAAUUGGAGGAAGAUUUGAAAGGGUAUUUGGAUUGGAUAACUCAAGCAGAGGAUAUUGAACAAUUAAAUGAUGAUGAUGAACAUGGGGGUGAUGAACAUUUGGUUGGGGGUGUUGGUGGUGGAAUUGGGGGUGAUUUGGAUGGGGAUGGGGUUUUGGAUGGUGAAGAGCAGGGAGUUGAAGAACAACAACGGUCUUCUGCCUUAAUAGUUCAAUGGCGUUUCCUUCAAAGGCUAAAUAGAAGGUGUCGGCGAGGAUGUAGGAGAAUGGUUAAAUCACAAAUGUUUUAUUGGCUAGUAAUUGUCUUAGUAUUUUUAAAUACUCUUGUUUUAACAUCCGAACAUUAUGGACAAGAACCCUGGUUAGAUCAUUUUCAAACUGGUGCAAAUUUAUUUUUUGUUAUUUUGUUUACAAUGGAAAUGUUGUUAAAAAUGUAUUCUCUUGGAUUGUUACAAUAUAUGAACAGCCAAUUUAACCGUUUUGAUUGUUUUAUUGUAAUCUCUUCAAUUAUAGAAUUUGUUUUGGUUUAUUUUGAAUUUAUGAAACCUUUGGGUAUUUCUGUUUUGCGUUCGGCACGUCUUUUAAGAAUAUUUAAAGUUACAAAGUAUUGGGCUUCAUUGAGUCAAUUAAUCACCUCCUUACUUUCUUCUCUACGUUCUAUAAUUUCUCUACUUUUGCUUUUAUUCCUUUUUAUUGUUAUUUUUGCUCUUCUGGGAAUGCAAGUAUUUGGUGGACGUUUUAAUUAUGACCCUAUGAGACCGAAACCUCGAGCAAACUUUGACACUUUUACUCAAUCACUACUUACAGUUUUUCAAAUUUUAACGGGAGAGGAUUGGAAUACAGUAAUGUAUAAUGGAAUUGAGAGUUAUGGAGGGAUUGGAUCGCUUGGAAUGCUUGUAUCAAUAUAUUUUAUUGUUCUAUUUAUUUGCGGAAACUAUAUUUUGUUAAAUGUUUUCUUGGCCAUUGCUGUAGAUAAUUUGGCAGAAGCGGAUCAAGUAAUGAAUGCAAAACCGGGAGAAGAAGAUGAAAUGGAAGUUGAGGGGGAAUACGAGGAAGGGGAGUAUGAACAUGGAGAAACAGAUGAGGAUGGGUUGGAUUUGGAAGGGGAUGGAGAGGAUGGGGAUGAUGAAGUUGGUGGGGAUGGGGAGGAAGUUAAUGAUGAAGUGGUUGUUGGGGCUAGACCGAGAAGGGCCUCCCAUUUAACUGGACAAAGUAAACAAAAGCCAAUACCAAAAGCUUCUUCCUUAUUUCUUCUUUCACACACAAACCCUUUCCGAUUAUUUUGCAAUAGAAUUAUUAAUCAUUCUUAUUUUACAAAUUCUGUUUUGAUUUGUAUUUUGGCUCAAUCCUAUCGAAAUACAAUAUUAAAUUAUUUUGAUUAUUUCUUCACAACAAUAUUUACUGUGGAAAUAACUUUAAAAGUUAUUGUUUAUGGCUUAGUUUUGCAUAAAGGCUCUUUUUGUAGAAAUGCUUUUAAUUUACUUGAUAUUUUGGUUGUUGCUGUUUCUUUAAUUUCUUUUGUUCUCAAAUCUGAUGCAAUUUCUGUUGUUAAGAUUUUGCGUGUUUUGAGGGUUUUACGUCCUCUACGUGCCAUAAAUCGAGCUAAAGGUUUAAAACAUGUUGUUCAAUGUGUUAUUGUUGCUGUCAAAACAAUAGGGAAUAUUAUGUUGGUUACAUUUAUGCUUCAAUUUAUGUUCGCAAUUAUCGGUGUUCAAUUAUUUAAAGGAACUUUCUUUUCUUGUAAUGAUCCUUCUAGAAUGACAGAAAUGGAAUGUAGAGGGGAAUUUAUUACUUUUGAGGAUGGAGAUCCAACAAAGCCUGUUAGCAUGAAAAGGGUUUGGCAACGAGCUGAUUUUCAUUUUGUGAGUUUUUUGGAGAGAGACUGGAAGGAAAUUUGA